CCACCAUUAUCAACAUAGAUAAAACUUCUUUUUUGAAACGAAUGAAUUUCCCUUUACCUGCUGCAACAGUGUGUUAUGAGAACAUGUCACUCAAGAUGUUUUGUCAUGAGUAUCCUCAUCUUUGCCAGAAACCAAAAAUAGGUGGAGGUUUAGAUUUAUGCAUAUUUCAUCCUCAUUAUUGCAGCGUCAAAGUGAUGCCAAAGCUUGGACACUUUACUAAUUACUCAAAAGAAAUUGACGAAAGUUCAUUUAAAUUACUCCCGAACGACAGCUACAGACUUCCUUUUUUGGCCUAUCCGAAUCCGAGGAAAUUAACAACCGUUUUUACACAAGUGGAUCAAAAUAGAUAUGUCCAAUGCCAUUCCGAAAAUUUGCAUCUUUAUGAUAAAAAUGAUUUGCGUUUUGUUGAUAAUAAAGGACGAGAGGAAGAUCAAUCUCUCUACGUGAUUUUCUCUUUCAAAUUGAAAAUUCCUGCUCGAGAUUUGCUCUUCGAUCCCUGGGAUAAGCCGAAAGUAUUCUUCGCUCUCCACAGUCCUUUCGAACCUAUCAAUCCUGUCUACGAUGGAGAAACGUUUUAUAUGGAGUCUGAUUACGUUGUAGAAAUCGAGCGUUUGGAAGAAGAUCGUUUGCUUCCUUAUCCUUAUCAAACAAACUGUAUGGAUUACGAGGCAUUAUGGGAAUCAAACAACAGAACCGGACCUCGAUCUCAGGAAAUUUGUUUAGAGUUAUGCAGAGGAAAUUACGUCACAGAAUGCAAAGGAUGUGUUGCCGGUAUGACGAUGUUUGAUAGUCUUCAAAAUCUCUGUUCAAAUUCAACUGAUUAUAAAUGCUCUAAUGAAGAUUUGGAUAAGGGCUUUAUAGAUAAAAUACAGAGCUGUCUAGUGAAAUGCAAACCUGAUUGCUUGAAACUCAAGUAUUAUUACAAGGUAGCAACAUUUCCUGCUGCGGGAGAAUAUUCGAGUAAAGAGGGACCAAUGGAUAUAAAAGUCAUUAUCAGAAAUCCAGACAACAUUUUGGUGGCACAUGUUCCGAUGUAUGGAGAUGAAGAACUUUUCAGCUACAUCGGAGGAUUGACUGGAUGUUGGCUUGGUAUCUCAGUUUGGUCUUUCACCGGAAUUGUUGGAAACGCCUGUAUAAAGGUGCUGCGCUUGAAACAAAGAAGGAAUGAAAGAAAAAAAUGACACGAAAAAGAAGCCCCCGAGUGAAAAAGAACCUGACAAUGAGGAUCCGACUUUUUUUUUCUUUAUUUGAAUUGAAAAAACUUU